UGAACUCUCUCAGGAGGGAGAGUAGAAGAAGUCUCCUACACGUCAUCUCUAACCCGAUCAUAUUUUAGUUAUUAUAUUAUUGUUGUUAUAGCAACGGCUAUCAGAAUGACAAAACCAAAGAAUAAUAAAAAGGAAAAGAUCAGUGUUGCGACUGAGAUUGACCGUGUCGAGGAGCAGAAACUGAAAUGGCAGGAUAAUCUGGAAAGGGCAGAAUUUAAACACAGACGCGAGGAACUUUCAGAUGAGGACAAACAGGCUCUCGAGGAUGAAAUGGCGAUCAUGAGCGAGCGGAUCCAGAAGUAUGAGAAGGAUCUUGCAGAUUUACGAGGAGAGAACAGGAAGAAUAUGAUGCUCUCUGUAGCACUGCUGGCCAUCAGCGCUCUCUUCUAUUAUGCGUUUCUUUAUUGAGGCCACACCGCUGCCUUGACUCAUCACCCAUCUCCUGUGUGCUGCAGGGUUAAUCCUGGAGAUCACGCUCUUUCACACGAACUCAUUGUUACAUAACUACUUAUAAAAUGUCAUAGAGUUGAGUUUAAGCAUGGACCUCUGGGUGAUCAGGGGGAAAAAACAUUUCCUAUAUUUUACUAUAAUUCAGAUAAAAAGAUAUAAAUAUUGAGUGAAAGGAAAAAAAACAUGUAGAUUGAUAAAAAUGCUAAAGUAAGAAGCAGGAGAACUGAAAUCAUUUUAUUUAAUAUACAUGUUUUUGGGGACCAUUUUUGUUAGGGGUGUGUAAACUUUUGCACUCACAUGCUAUGUUUUAUAAGAGUAAACUCUGUAUAUAGUUUAAAGCUCCA